AUGACGCUGUACAGUUUUCCUCUCUUGCGGAAAUACACCUUUACCAAGCCACCUGUGUUUCCACCAUGCCUGGGAAUAACUCUCCGUUACUAUAGACAUUUUCUAGCAAUUCUCUUUGCCAUUCAGGAAAUAAAUGAAAGUCAUGUACUUCUUCCAAAUAUUACAAUGGGAUUGGAGAUUUAUGAUUCCUGUGCCUAUGAGAGCAGAGCCUUAGAGAGCACUAUGAAAUUACUGACGGGUGACCAAAAUACCAUCCCAAACUACCAGUAUAAAAAUAAAGGGCCCUUGGUCGGGAUCAUCGGACAUAUAGCUUCCUCCCCCACCAAGACCAUGGCCAAGCUCACAGGAGUCUAUAGCUACCCCCAGCUCAAUAAAUACCUAAGAAGCAUUCACUUCAACACAAGUAAUGGCGAGAAUUUCUAUUUCGAGAAUGGAGAAUCUCCGGGAAAAUACGAUAUUUUGAACUGGAUUAUAACGCCUAAUAAAACCAUCCAGACUGUCCACAUCGGAACUUACGUGAAAUCCGCUCUUCCUGCGCGACAGCUUAUUAUUAAUGAAAGUUUGAUACAAUGGAAUACAAAAUUUAAAGAGGUCCCUCAUUCGGUGUGCAGUAACAGCUGUCUUCCCGGAUACAGAAAAGUUCUUAGAAAAGCAGAGCAAAAAUGUUGCUAUGAUUGCGUUAUGUGUUCGGAGGGGGAGAUCACCAAUAACACAGAUAUGACGAACUGCUUGAAAUGUUCAGAAUACCAGUGGUCUAACGAGAAGAGGGACAAGUGCAUUUCCAGAAGCAUAGACUUCCUCUCUUACGAAGAUCCUCUGGGAAUUUCACUAUGUUUCUUCGCCGUCCAACUUUCUCUUCUUACUUUAGGAGUUUUUGCUAUUUUUUUCAAGCACAAAGAGACGCCCAUAGUGAAAGCCAACAACCGGGAUCUCAGUUACAUCCUACUUCUUUCUCUUACUUUAUCCUUCCUUUGUGCUUUACUUUUUAUUGGCCGUCCAGAUACUAUAACUUGUCAUUUUCAACAGGCGGCUUUUGGCAUUGUUUUUACAAUUGCCAUCUCUUCCAUCCUGGCAAAAACCGUAACCGUCCUCAUUGCUUUCAACAGUGUAAAGCCCGGAAGUAAAGCUAGAAAAUGGAUGAGUUCCCAAGUGUCGAUGUAUUUAGUUUGUAUUUGCUCAUUUGGUGAAAUUGUAAUCUGUUUUGUGGGCUUUUUGUACAGUCCGCCAUUUCCAGACUUCGAUACACGGGAAAGAUCUCUGAGGAUGACGCUGCACUGCAAUCAAGGCUAUGCUAUGACAUUUUAUGUUGCCGUAGGCUAUAUGACACUGUUAGCGGUGCUAAGCUUUGUGAUUGCAUUUUUAGCGAGAAAGCUGCCUGACAACUUUAACGAAGCUUCGCACAUUACGUUCAGUAUGUUAGUUUUCUGUAGUGUCUGGUUGUCAUUUUUUCCGGCGUAUCUGAGCACAAAAGGUAAAUACACGACGGCCGUUGAAAUAUUCGCCAUGUUGGCCUCCAGUACCGGACUGCUUACUUGCAUAUUUUUGCCUAAGUGUUAUAUUAUUAUCAUAAGACCUGAUCUGAAUACUAAACAAAGUAUAACUGGAAAAAAAGAAAAGUUUUCCAAUUAUUCAAUUGAAGUAAAAUAA